AUGAAGCUUUAUCUUCCAAAGUUAUUAACACUUGCCCUUUUUCUCGUGGAGCCGGCAGCAGCCGGUUGGGGUUAUGACUGCAAAAGACAUUAUUUCGAGUCAAGCGCUGUAAAGGAGGCUAUUGCUGAAGCAGUCAGAAGUGGGGCAAAAAUGGUGAAAUCCAGAUCUGUAUUUGGAGGAUCACGAUAUUUGGUCUCUCUACCUCUCGUUCCUCGAAGUACUGGUGUGUCAAUCUAA